UGUAUGUUCUAUGAAUUUCAGUUAGGUUUUUCAGUCAAUUUUUCGGUUUGAUUAAUAAAAAAAUUUCGAAGAAUAUUUCAGUGAAUUUUGUAAUCCAAUUUUAUAAAACAAAAUUUAAUUGAAAAUUUCAUUAAAAAUUUUACUCUCACUAGAUGUAAACUUGAUGUGCUUCUACUAAACGCCUUUAAAUACACCAAUAUGCAUUGGCUCAUAACUUCUUCAUUCACCACCUUUACUUAAUUCAUUAGCUCUCUCUCUCUCUCUCUCUCUCUCUCUCUCUCUCUCUCUCAGCUCUUUCAUCACCACGCAGCAAAGAAAGACGAUGGAGAAGGAGAAGAAGAUGAUCGUGUUGAAGAGCUCCGACGAUGAAUCCUUUGAAGUCGAUGAAGCCGUCGUACUCCAAUCUCAGCCCUUGUCGCAUGUUGUUGAAGAUUGCAACGGUCCUGAACACAAGAUUGAGAACGUCACAGGCAAGAUCCUCGCGAAGGUAAUCGAAUACUGCGAGAACCACGCCGUCGUCGUCGACGACGGUGGUGCCAAUUCUUCUUCCGCCGCCUCCGGCGAUGCUCUCAAGAAGUGGGACGAUGAGUUCAUCACGCAAAUGGAUCUGUCGACGGUCUACGAUCUCAUCAAGGCUGCGAACUACCUAAUCAUCAAAGGUCUUUUUGAUCUCGCUUGCCAGAGAGUCGCUGACGAGAUCGCGGCAUGCAAAGACCACGAGGAGAUUCGCGCAACGUUGGGCAUCGUGAGUGACUAUACAGCAGAGGAGGAAGCAGAGGUUCUCAAGGAGAACGAGUGGGCUUUUGAUUGAUGAAUGACCGAGCGGGUUAAUCUAAACCCUAGCUAGAUAGUCUUUCUUUUCGAAUCUUUGUGUUUGUAUGUUGUUUACGGAUCUUUAGAUCAAUAAUAGUUGAAGUUGGCUUUCUUGUUUUGAUUUUGAUAAUAUCAACAGUGUUCUUGAUCGAUAUUA